GAGAGUUGCCUGUCUCUCGCUCUACAAUUUUGUAGAAAUGCUUUGCUUUUUCUCACUCUGGAAGCAUAAAACCCUACAUUGAGAAGAUUGUUAUUUCAAAAUAUUCUCAAAGAUCUUGCAUUUCCGAAAUUUUAUUGGUUAAAACUUAUACUGCUUCACACAAUCAUCAAUCUAGUAUCCAAGAAAAACAAUCCCAAUCCUUUUGCCAGCUAGGGUAUCACCACUUCGAUCAGUCCCACGGAUCCACUUAUGGAAACUUAUUACAGAAAAAGAUCCAUAAAAGCCCAUCAAUCAAUUAACCCUAAUACGCACACUCCUGUUUUCGGCCGACACAACAGUGUACCAUCUCCGCCCUCACCCAACCCUUGUACUCUCCCCAGCCAGAAAGAGCAAGCAGCUGAAGACGGAGUUGAAACUCAUAAUCAGAACCAUGUUGACGUGGGUUUUCUUUAUGAAAUCGAUCAUGUCCAUUUACCUCCGAGAACACCUUUCCAUCUCAGCUCAAUCCGUGUUGCAAUGGUUUGUGAGAAAACCGAUUCGAUCAUUGCCGUGAGGUAUCCAAGCAAGGACUCUUUGAGGGCAUUUUUCAGCUACAGCACAAGGGAAACUCAUCCAGCUUUAGAUGAGAAGUUUGUAAUGGAAACUGCACUUGCUGCGAAGGUGCUUCAUCGGAAGGUCCCAGCUCAGGAAUAUUCAGAUCAGAAGCAUUUAGAGAGCUUCUGGGUGAUAAACUCUUCUGCUGUGAACUCUUUGAAAAAUGAUUCCAGUUUUACAGAGAACAAGGGACCUUGUUUAUCUGAUUUAGAAUGCAAGUUUAUGGUCCGGUGGGGUACUCGGAGACAAGUGAAAUAUCUGGGUAGGCACAAGGAGACUGCUAGUAAUAGUAAUCACACUCACAACUCUUCGUCCAGCCUUGUAAAUGUAGUUUGUGAUGAUGAGAAAGAAAUAUUUGUAGAAGAACUAGAAAAUGAAGCUGAUGGUGAUGAGAUUAAUGAUGUCAAUGGUGAUAAUAAAGAAUCUGGGAAAGAUGAAAUUGAGGAAAAUGAAGAAGAAAAUAGAGAUGAUCUAGAAGAUGAAGAGGAAGAAGAGUAUACUGAUCAAACUGAAAAGAAUUUGAAGAGAAAGGGGUAUACAAUGAGAAAUAGAAAUGUUAAAGAAGGGAAGAAAGGAAAAGUUGAGAUCAAGAAUCAAACCCAAAAGCAGAAGAAAAAUAUGUCUAAGAAAAAGAAAUGCAAAAACAGUUUCAGGGAAGCAAUUAUUCUCAGAAAUCCCAAAGAUCGUUGGUCCUCUGAGAGGUACAAGCUUGCGGAGAAUAAUCUUUUGGAAGUGAUGAAGGCAAAGGGAGCAACAGCUGACAAGCCUAUAAUGCGUCCACAACUGAGGGCGGAAGCACGGAAGAAGAUAGGGGAUACUGGGCUACUGGAUCACCUCCUGAAGCACAUGGCCGGAAAGCUUGCGCCGGGUGGGAAAGAGAGGUUUAGAAGGAGGCACAAUGCAGACGGAGCAAUGGAGUAUUGGUUAGAGUGUGCUGAUCUUGUUAACAUUCGGAAGGAUGCUGGGGUAAGUGACCCUUACUGGGUGCCACCUCCUGGUUGGAAGCCUGGUGAUUCUCCAACUCAGGACCCCAUUUGUGCUAGAGACAUAAAGCUUUUGAAGGAUGAUAUCUCUAGUUUAAAACGAGAUAUGGAGUUGAUGGCCACCAAGAUGCAAUUGGAGGAAGAAGUUGAAAAAUUAAGGAGAGAGAGGGGUGAACUGUUGGACAAAAAGAAGGAAGAACAAAACCAAGCAAUUGCAGUUCCUUCAUGUCCUUGUGGCAUUAAUCAAAAACUGAAUCAGCUUGCUCAUUCAUUAGUUACUUCAAAGCCUGGUCUUGACAGUGAGCCAGCUAUUUCACUACUGGAAAAGUUCAAGGAACAACUCAUGGUCAUAUCUGACUUCGUGAAGGAAAUAGAGGUAUCAGGAAAAGCAGAAAAGAGAUUGGGUGCAGCAGCAGCUGGAGAAAAAGCAGCACAUAUACAAAGACUGAAGAGUGGAUUCAGAAUUUGCAAGCCACAAGGGACUUUUCUUUGGCCAAAUAUGGUAAAAAGUAACAGCAGCCCUCAGGUUAUGGUCCAAGUUGAAGUCCCAACCCCACCUUCAGUGUCAUCCUCCAGUGCCUCAGCUCCCCUUCAGCUACUUCCACACCAACACCAUCCGGGCUCCCCCGUCAAGCCUCUGGCGGAGAGACGUGCAGUUGCAGUGACCCUCUCCGCCACAUCCAAUAGCCCAAAUUAUGAGGACGGUGCCAUGCCAAGUCUUUUGCCAGGUAAUUAUGGAACAAGGAAUUAAAUGUGAAGAUGAGAAUAGAGCUUAUUUUGGAGAGGUUUCUGAUAUUGAUAACUUCACUUUUUUGCAUUUACCCUGAGUAGUAUGUAACAAAUUAAGACAUCAGGUAAAAGGACAAGAAAUAUGUAGUUACCCCUUGCAGCUGUAAUAUUUUUUGGGAAAGAUACAUAAUAGCAAUAUUUCUAGCCA